ACUUCUGCUCAGUUUGUAUCCAACUGUCGUAAUGAUGAAAUUAUGAUUAUUAUUAUUGUUCUCUAAACAAUUAAAUAUCGAUUAUUAAUUUUUCAAAUUACUUAUAUUUAUUUGUGUGAGUGAAUCAAUUGCUGUGUUUAUUAUUUAUUGUGUAUUUAAAAUGUAUUAUUGUAAAAAUAUUAUUAUUUUGGUCCUAGUGACUAUUUUGAUGAUUCAAAAUAAUCCGAUUAAUGGAUCGGCAAUUCCUAUGUGGGAAUUUUUGUCAAAAAAUGAAAAAAUGAGUCAUCUGUACCGACUAUUCAGCAAAGAAGUCGCUAGUUAUUGUGACGGUUCACCGAAACCCGAUUGUACGAAAAACAAUCUUGUUUCUGGGUUACAAAAAUUGACGAGUAUGGAUGAAAAUCAAUUAGAUGAACUUGAUCCAUAUCAACGGAAUGCUGUCUAUAAAAUUUGGCGCGCAUUGGUAGGAGAAAAUCAAUUUAAUUCAAAUGAUCGAUUUGAUUUAACGGAUCCGUAUACUGAAGCUGAUCCUUUAGCAACCAGUGACAAUGAUGCAAAUGAUCUAGGCGAAGAAUCAUCUGUUAUGAAUGAUUACGUAAGACCAAUAGACAAUGGUCCUUAUUUGGUGGGACCAAUGGUGAUACGCGUAUUACCUGACGGUCGUCCAGUACCAGGUGAUGACAAAAGACCAUUGCCACAUGAUGAAGAUCUCGAUGAUUUACAAAAUUAUCGGGUACCAUUAAUAUCGGAAUUACAAUCUCAUAAUAAUAGAUUGUCAUCGUAUAAUAACAAAAAAUUAUACAAUUCAAAUAUAAAUUCGUUACCCACAUCAGCAUCUCCAGUUUCUAAAGUACGAUAUUUAACUACUCCACACAAUUAUUAUUAUCGCAAUCCGUUUUUUUAUAAUAGCAAUAAUAUAAACCGACAACCCGAAUUAUUACGAAAAAAUAACUAUCGAUUUUAUUAAAAUUCAUAAUUUAAAUAAAUAUAUUUUUCGUUAUAAAUAAAUAAUAUCAAGAAAAAAAAAACGAAAUUGACGAUUGGUCCAUCAUAAUAAAUUUCAACACGAUAAAUGUGCCAGAUAAAUAAUUUUAAAAAAUCAGUUAAAUCAUACGACCAUGAUCAGAAUCAUUUAAAAUAUAUUACGUUUAUUUAUUUAUUAUAUAUAUAUUUUUUUUAAUUAAAAAUAAAUUCAUUAAUUAUUUAUAAUUUGAAUAAGUAAUUAAUAGGAUCUUAUACAUCUUGUGGAAUCGGUAUUAUACUAGAUGUCGCUAGAUGUAUACAAUAGUUUAUGUAAUGAACGCACGGAAAAAAACGCCAUUAAAUGUCUGAAGUCAGCGUCAUGCAGUCGGAGUUAUAAAAAUAAUUUACUGCAUUAUUAUUAAAAAAAAUUUAUACUUUAUGGAAUUUGAUAAUUUGGUUAAAACUAUUCACGUAUCAAUUAAUAGAAAUAUGUAAGGUUAUAAAAUUUAGCUGACGUUGUAUUGAUCUACGCAUGCGUGCGCUGAUUGAUUAAACGCGCAUGCGCAGUCCAGAGAUUUUGGUCAUUUUAAGAAGCAGCUAAAUUCAGAGCGACAUCACAAAAGAGGGGGGUAAUAGAUUUGUUAGUGGCUUGAAUCAUUGAGUAGGGAUAUGCUCCGCCCAUUUACUCUAGAAUUUCAUGAUUUAAUAUAAAAAGUAGUGAUUUAAUAUAUUUUAAAUCACACUUUUGACCAAUCGAGACUGACUUCAGUCGUUCAGGGGCGUAUUCUUCGGGCUUGAGUUACAUGGAAAAUUAAAUCGGUAAUUUUUAGUCUUUUUUUCAAGAUAAAAAUUUUUUAAAUCAACAAUUAAAUUUAUCGUUGCUAUAAUUAAUUAUUUUUAUACGCGUAAUUAUUGUAAUCAUAAGAUUCACUGUAAAUAAUCAUUUAUCACCAAACAUUUAUCAUUGUAAUUAUUAUUAAAUUUAAAUAAUGUGAUUUUGUGUUGAGGCUAAUUGAUAAGGUUAUAAAUUUAUAAUUAAAAAAAUUGUUUUUAAUUAUUGAAAUUUAAAUACAUUAUUUAUAGUGUGGAAGAUUUUU